AUGUCUGCUACAGGAUUCGACGUGACAAACGUCCCGAAAAAGAAACAAGCUGCAAUCCUGUUGAACAUAGCUGGCGAAGAAGCUAUAGAAGUAUUCAAUACAUUUACAUUCGCAGAAGAUGAAGAUAAAGACGACCCUGAAGGUAUACUGGCGAAAUUUCAGAAUUACUGUGAGCCAAAAAAGAACAUUACUUAUGAAAGACAUAUAUAUAUAUUCAAUUCGCGAGUGCAACAACAAACUCGAUCGUUCGAUGCGUAUUUAACAGAGCUACGUGUCCAAGCUAAGAAAUGUACUUACGGUACGCUUCAAGACGAACUAAUUCGCGACAGAUUAGUUGUGGGAAUAUGA